GAUCCGUUUACUUUUUCUUGGUCGGGUUUUUUCCUUUGCUUUAAGCCCAGUAUUCGUCGUCUCUUUGCCAGUUCCUUUUAGCAAAAGCUGCGAUAGUACACCAACAGAGCAAUAAUAACAACACUCAACGAAAAAGCAAACCAGAAUUUGAGGGUAAUACAGAGAAGCAAGAAGGGGGAAAAAAAGGGCUUAUAGAGAAACAGAGAGAGAUCUGUGAGUAUUAGCCAUGGGGUGAAAGAGAUGCAACAGCAGCUGAAGCUGAUUUUUAGUCACAGCUGCUGAUCCAAGACCCAUAUGCCAAAUUUUGUUUGUUUUCUUGUUUGAUUUCCCAUCCGCUACUUUGUUCAAAUUCAGUUCUUAAACUUCCAUUUGCUUCCUCCUUUGUAGAUUCUGGACCUUGGUUUUGUUGAUCAGUUGAUUAGGUAGAAGAAGCCAAACGUCAAGUCAAAAGAAUCUGGCACUUGGAGUUAGUUGAAAGUGUUUGUUCUGUUUGGCUGAAGUCAUGACGACUACUUCGCGUACAAAUUCUAGGCGCAUGUAUUCAUGGUGGUGGGAUAGUCACAUUAGCCCAAAAAAUUCUAAAUGGCUUCAAGAAAAUCUUACAGAUAUGGAUGCCAAAGUGAAACAAAUGAUCAAGCUUCUUGAAGAAGAUGCAGAUUCCUUUGCAAGGAGGGCUGAGAUGUACUAUAAGAAGCGGCCAGAACUUAUGAAAUUGGUUGAAGAAUUCUACCGGGCCUACCGUGCAUUGGCAGAAAGAUAUGAUAAUGCAACUGGGGUGCUUCGCCAAGCUCAUCGUACCAUGGCUGAAGCAUUUCCUAACCAGGUAUCAUUUGAUGAUUCGCCUGCAGGUUCGGGUAAUGAGUGUGAUCCACGGACGCCUGAGAUGCCACCACCAAUACGUGCUCUUUUUGAUCCAGAUGAGUUGCAAAAGGAUGGAUUGGGGCUUUCACCCCAAUCCGGUGCCGGCAGAAGAAAUGGAGCAUUUACAGAAGAAUCGAACUUAGUUACAGGUCGUAGGGGUUUGAAGCAGUUUAAUGAUAUUUUUGGCUCUGGGGAAGGAAGAGCAAAGGCAUGCCUCAAUUUCCAUGAAGUGGACGAGAAUGAGCGGAAUGGGGGGAACAAUCCCAAGGUUUCGGCUACUGAGGCAGAGAUUUUAGCCUUAAAGGAGGCUCUGGCUAAAUUAGAAGCUGAAAAGGAAGCUGGUCUACUUCAAUAUCAGCAGAGUCUUGAUAAGCUGUCUAAUCUCCAGUCAGAAGUCUCUCGUGCACAAGAGGAUUCUGAAAGACUUAAUGAUCGAGCCUCUAAAGCUGAAACCGAAGCUCAGAAAUUGAGGGAAGCCCUCAGCAAACUAGAGAGUGAGCAGGAAGAUAGUUUGCUAAAGUAUCAACAGUGCCUGGACAGAAUAUCCCUUCUGGAGAGUGAUAUCUUUGACAUUCAAAAAGGUGCUGAAGAACUCAGUAAAAGAGCAAGUAAAGCUGAGAAUGAAGCUGAAAAUCUGAAGCAAGGACUUGCUGAAGUAGGAGCUGAAAAGGAAGCUGUACUUGUUCAAUAUCGAGAGAGUUCAGAAAUGAUAGUGAAACUAGAGGAGAAGCUUCUUCAUGCAGAGGAAAGUUCCAGAAGAUACAAUGAACUAGCUGACAAAGCUGAAAGUGAGUUAAUUAUCCUUAAGCAAACAGUAGAAAAAUUAACUGAAGAAAAGGAAGCUGCUGCUAUCCAGUACCUGCAGUGCUUGGAGAAGAUUUCUAGUCUUGAAUAUAGACUUUCUUGUGCUGAAGAGGAGUCCGAAAGGCUGCAUCGUGAAAUCGAUGAUGGAGUUUUAAAGUUAAGAAGUGCUGAAGAGAAGUGUCUUUUAUUGGAGACAUCAAAUCUGGCUCUGCAGUCUGAGUUGGAGUCUUUGGUACUGAAAAUGGGGUCCCAAAAUCAAGAACUCACCGAGAAUCAAAAAGAACUGGGAAGACUUUGGAAUUGCAUACAGGAUGAGCAUUUACGCUUUGUUGAGGCCGAGACUGCUUUCCAAACUCUACAGGAUUUGCAUUCUCAGACCGAAGAAGAAUUGCGAUCUCUUGCUGCUGAGCUUCAGAAUAGGACACAGAUUUUAAAGAACCUGGAAAUUCAAAAUCAGACUUUGAUUGCUGAAGUUCAGGAGGUUAAGAAUGAAAACAGGAAGCUUGAUGAACUCAAUAUGUCUUCAGCUCUGUCAAUAAAAAAUUUGCAAGAUGAGCUAUCAAGUUUGAGGGAGAAGAUAAGUAAACUUGAAGCAGAGGUUGAAUAUCGGACGAAUGAAAGAAAUGCCCUUCAGCAAGAGAUCUACUGUCUGAAAGAAGAGAUUAAUGACUUGAAUAAGAAAAAUGCAGCCAUAAUGGAGCAGGUGGAAUCUACUGGUUAUGGUCUAGACUGCUUUGGAACAUCAGUUAAGGAACUCCGAGAUGAAUAUUCAAGGAUAAAGGAGACCUGUGAGACAGAGAAAAGUGAGAAAGCAGCUCUCUUGGAGAAGUUGAUUAUUCUUGAGAAACUUGUUGAGAAAAAUGCCUUUUUAGAAAAUUCCAUUUCUGAUAUGAGUGUUGACUUGGAAGAGACCAAGGAGAGAGUAAAGAUGUUAGAAGAGUCGUGUCAAUCUCUGUUGGGAGAGAAAUCAACUCUUUCUUCUGAGAAGGUAGCCCUGACUUCUCAACUACUAAUUACAACUAAAAAUCUGGAGGAACUCUCAGAAAAAAAUAUGCUUCUAGAGAACUCCCUCUCUGAUGCAAUUGCUGAACUUGAAGCUUUAAAGGUGAAAUCAAAGGAGCUAGAAGGUUCCUGCCAAUUGCUUGGUCAACAGAAGUCUGACCUCAUAACAGAGAGAGAAAGCUUACUCUGUCACUUGGAUACCACCCAGAACACUCUUGAAGAUCUGGAUAAAAGAUACCGUGAGUCAGUAGAGAAACAUUUGGUGGUCGCCAACGAAAGAGAAUCUGCAUUUUGUGAAAUAGAAAAGCUGAAGGCUUAUUUGGAUGCUGAAAAACAAGCUCAUUCUACUUUUACUGAAAUCAGUAAGAAACGGCUAGCUGGAAUGGAGUUGCAAAUGCAUCUAUUACAAGAAGAAUGUGAUCACUGGAAGAAGGAAUAUGAGGAAGAAACAGACGAAGCUAUAAAUUCCCAGUUUGUGAUCUUCAUCUUACAGCAUUGUAUGCAAGAUAUGAAGGAUAAUAAUCUCUCUUUACUUCUAGAGUCUCAAAAACUUUUUGAAGCAUCCGAGAGGUCGAAAGAAGCAAUCUCUGAAUUAGAGCUAAAAAAUAUUAAAAGGGAGGGGGAGGUUAAAUCCUUCAUCGAGAAAAAUAAGUUUCUGAGGACAGGGCUUCAACAGGUAUUGAGAACUCUCGACAUCCAUGCAUACCCUGGGUUCGAUCAUGAAACUAAGCAGGAUCAAACACUUCUGAACCAUAUUUUUGUCAAAAUUCAGGAGAAACAGAUUUCUUCAAAUGAAAUUUAUGAUGGAUAUUACCAGUUAUUGAUUGAGAAAUCUAUUACUGAAAAAUUCCUUCUGCAACUGAAAAAUGAAUCUGAAAGCAUUUUGAUUGAAAGAGAUGCACUUGAUAAGGAGCACAGAAUCCAAUCUGAAGAGAUCUCAAUUCUCCAGAGCAGGAUUCUGCAGUUGAAUGAAGAGCUGAGGUUAAAAAUAAUUGAGGGCAACCAUAAAGAACAGGCACUCAAGAUGGAAGUGGAAAAUGUCCGUAGGAAUUUGCAUAAUGUGGAGGAAUCCUUCCAGGUUUUACAAGUAGAGAAUUCCAAGGCUCUUGAUGAGAAAACAUCUUUGACAAAAAAAGUCUUAGGCUUGGAAAAACAGACGUGUCAAUUGGAAGAAGAGAACAGUGAAAUGUUCAAUGAAACAAUAUUUCAAAGUCAACUUUUCCUUAUUUGUAAAGAUAUUAUCUCUGAAAUUCUUGAAGAAAUGAGAAAGCUUACUGAGUGUAGGGAUAAACUUCAGUUUACAAAUAACGACCUUGAAGAGAGAGUGAAAGAAAUGGAGAGAAAGUUGGGACAUGAACAAACGAUGAACUUAGAACUUACAAUGUUCUUGGAGAGGUCACGUAGUGAAGCUGAAAAUUAUUUGACAGAGAAGAACACACUUGAUCAGGAGCAUAGAAACCAAUCUGAACGGUAUUUGACCCUCCAGGCUGAGAUGGAGAAACUUUUAGAGCUGAAUGAGGAAUUGAGGUUGAAAAUAGUGGAGGGCAACCAUAAAGAAGAAGCACUGAUGACUGAAAUGGAGCAUGUAUGUAAGAAGCUGCAGAAUUUGGAGGGGGAUUACCAGUUUCUACGUGAUGAGAGUUGCAAGGCAAACGAAGAGAAAUUAUCUUUGUCGAAGGAAAUCUUAGAAUUGAGAAAAGAGAGAGAAGAAUUAGAAGAAGUAAACAUUAAUAUGUUUACUGAAAGACUAUUUCAACGUGAACUCUCCUUUAUUUACAAGGAUGCUGUCUCAGAAAAUCUUGCAGAACUGAGAAAGCUUACCGAGUCUUUGGAUGAACUCCACUGCAGAAAUAAUGACCUUGAAGAGAGAUUGGAAGUAACGUUGGGAAACUUGGGAGCUGAACAAACAAAAAACUUAGAACUCAUGAAUUCCUUGGAAAAGUCACAGAGUGAGGCUGAAAAUUAUUUGAUGGAAAGGAACACACUUGACCAGGAGCUCAGCAAUCAAUCUGAACUCAAUUCAGCACUACAUUGUAAGAUGGAGAAACUUCUGGAGUUGAAUGAAGAUAUGAGCUUGAAAUUAAUAGAGAGCAACCACAAGGAAGAAUUACUAAUGGCUGAAAAGGAGAAUGUAUGCGAGAAGCUGCAAAAUUUGGAAGUGGCUUAUCAGAUAUUACAUGUGGAGCAUUGCAAGGCACUUGAGGAGGAAAAAUCCUUGGCCAAUGAAAUCUUAGGCUUGAGGAAAGAUAAACAUGAAUUAGAAGACACAAACAUCGAUAUGAUUGGUGAAACAAUAUUUCAAAGCCAACUUUCCUUCAUUUAUAAGGAUAUAGUGUCUGAAAAUCUUCAAGAACUGAGAAAUCUCGUUGAGUGUAUGGAUAAUCUCCAAUCCACAAAUGAAAACCUUGAAGAGAGAGUAAAAUUAAUGGAAGGAAAAUUGGGAGAUGAACAAACAAAGAGCUUUGAGCUCAUUGAUUCUUUGGAAAGGUCAAAAUUUGAGAUUCUGGAAGUAGAAACAAUGAUAAGCUUGAAGGAAAAUGAAAAGUUGGAGCUCCACCAAAUGGUGGAACAGCUAUCAUCAAAGUGUAAUGAAUUGGAGAGAAUAAAUGAAGAACAAAAGAAGCAGAUGGAAAAAAUCUCUUCAGAUAAAGAUUGCCUGGCAAAGGAAACUGAAAUUCUUCACGAAGAGAAUAGAAAAAUGAACUUGAAGCUUGAGGAGAUGCAAAAUGAAGCUGAGAAGAAUAUAGUCAGAGAGGAAAGUUUGACAUCUGAACUUCAGAUGAAGAACAAUGAAGUUCAAUCAUGGGAAACUCAGGCUGCCACUUUCUUUGGUGAGCUGCAGAUUUCUGCUAUUUAUCAAUCAAUUUUUGAAGGCAAGAUUCAUGAGCUAGCAGAAGCAUAUGAGAAUCUUCAAGACAGAAAUACUUCAAAAGAUAUGGAGAUUGAAUUGCUGAAGGACAAAAUUAGUAGUUCUGAAGGAGAAAAUGGAAGAAUGAAAACUCAGUUAGCUGCAUAUGUUCCAGCUAUUCAAACCUUGAAGGAUUCUAUAAGUUCUCUUGAAAAGCAUGCUAUUUCUCCAACAGAAAUGCAAAAAGUUGACGAACAAGAAGUGAAGGAAUGUGGUUCUUUAAGUUCCCAGCAUCCUGAAGGCUUCCAGCAGCCACAUGAUGAUCAAGUUCAGAAUGAUGGUUCGGUUGAGCUGCAAGAUUUGAACAGGAGAAUUCAAGCAAUUGAAGUAGCAUUUGAAGAAUUUGAAAGCCAGACUACACUAGAAAAGUUUAAUGCCAAUGCAAAGCUAGAGAAAGUGAUGAAGGAGAUUGAAGAGGUAAAAUCUAGCCGAGAACGUAGUCGUGUGACCAAGGACAAAUCAACACUUCAUGGACAGGAUCGUCGGUCACAUUCGAAGUCUGAAAUUUCUGAAGCAGGAAACGAAGUUCUGACAAAAGACAUCCUACUCGAUCGGAUUUCUGACCAUUCAUCGUAUGGAAACAGUCGAAGAGAAACUGCAGUGGCUGGUGAUCGGAUGCUUCAGCUAUGGGAAUCAACUGAUCAAGAUGGCAGCUACAAUCGGGCGGUUGGCAAGGCUCCUAUGAUAGCAAGCUCAUCUACCGAUUACCACCGGGUUGGAUCGACGAGGAGACGAAGUAGCAAGCACCCUUCAAAUGAAUCAUUGGUCGAGAAGGAACUUCGUGUGGAUAAACUAGAGAUCUCCAAGAGACUUUCUGAAAUCCCCCAAGAAGGAAACAAGAGAAGGAUUCUGGAGAGACUAGAUUCUGAUGCUAAAAAAUUGGCAAAUCUUCAGAUAACUGUACAAGAUUUGAAGAAGAAAAUGGAUGUUACAGAGAAGAGCAAGAUAGAAAAAGGUGCUGAAUAUGAUACAGUGAAGGAACAAGUAGAAGAAGCUGAAGAAGCCAUCACCAAAUUGUCUGAGAUGAACAUUAAACUCACAAAGAAUGUGCAAGAUAGUUUUAUGGCUGCUGAUGGAGGCUCAUCCACACUGGAGCCAGAGGAAAAUGACAGUGUCCAAAGUAGGCGAAUUUCAGAACAAGCACGGAGAGGAUCAGAGAAGAUUGCGCGGUUGCAGUUGGAGUUGAAGAAACUACAGUUUCUAAUAAUGAAACUAGAUGGUGAAAGGGAGGCCAAAGGCAAAAGCAAAGUAUCCGAGCGGAGUCCGAGAGUUCUACUAAGGGACUAUCUUUACGGCGGGACGAGAACUAAGCAGAAGCAAAAGAAGAAGGCACCUUUUUGUGCUUGUAUGAGACCUCCAACAAGGGGUGAUUGAGGCAUUGAUUUUAAUCUGAGAAAUAAUGAUUUUAGUUUAAUGAAAAGGAUAUUAAUUGGUUCAUCAUUUAUCAAAUUUUCUUUGUAGAGAGGUUCUUCUGGAACUGUAUGUUGUUAGCUUUGUUUGUAUAGAGAGGUUUUUAUGUUACAUUAGCUUUGAGAUUAUGCUGUACAUGAAAGGCUCCAUCUAAUCAGAGAAAGCUGCUCUUUUUAGAGGCUCUUCAUUGUCCAUAUAAUAUUGGUUCUAACUCUUCAAUAAAUGAGUAUUCGGUUGGGGCCAUAUUUAGGAAAAA